AUGGAUCCCAAUGCGCUUGUGGUGAUGACUCUUGCUGGCCCGGUGCCUGCUGACGCGCUGAAUGGGCCGAUCCUGUGCAGGGAGUGGCUCCUCAAUGAUCAAUCGACAUUGCUUCAAUCCUCGAAGGCUCCAUUGGAUGCCGGUGACGUGGUGCAGCUCUCCUGCUUGUCUUCCGUUCGGCGGUGGCCGCUCUCCACCCUUCAUAACCUCCACUUGAACCGCGAGGAUGCCGUGCAAGCGGCUGCCGCAUUCUCGCGGGAGUUCAGUGGUGCUGGCUUGAUUCUAGUGUCGACCCCGUCUUCUUUCUCCGUGCAACAGCCUCGAGCGCUGCUGGAAAUAUCUCGAGAAGCAGGCGUGCAAAUUGCCAUGGGCACGACACCUCCGCAGGAUCUGAUGGAUUUCGAGGCUUGUGUAUCAGCAGUAGUGUCGGAUUUGGCAUGUGGCUUUAGCGGUUCCGCAAGCACAGAACCCUUGAGGCCAGGCUUUAUCGGUGAAAUCGAUGCAGAGAAGAUGGAGAUCUUAGCUGUUUGCGUGGAGGCGCAGCUGCGUUCGCAAGCGCCUCUUCUUGUGGUUGGUUCUGUUCCCCGAGAAGCACUAGGAUACCUGGAUCGUGGAUUGUGGAGGAAGUGUGCCUUCUUUGACGUUCCAGAUGACAGCCCCGUGUCUGUGCAGGAGUUGCAGGAGCGGGGGGCCUACGUGGGCUUCUGUGCCCCUCCUCAGGCAGCUGACGUAGCUUGGGAGGACUACCCCGGCCGACGGCCCAUGAGGAGCGAGGCCGGCUUCCUCGAGGCGGCGGCGCGGGUGCGGCCCGGGCAGCUCCUGGCCUCCACGGGGCUCCGCUUCCGCUGCGACCUCGCGGCCUUCGGAGGGCCGGGGCUGGGCUACGCCCCGCAGCUCCUGCAGCGAGGCUCCCUGCAGCACCAGUGCUGGGCCAAUGCCGCCAGCUUCCUGAGCUACCCGUGGCAACCGCCCAAGCCACCCGAGAAGGUCCUACAUGAAAUCGAAUGCCACUGGUGUGGCACAAUGAAACCUGAUGGAGAGCACUUCAGCAAAAUGGGCUUCGACUACUGCUCGCCGAGCUGCGUUGCCAAGCACCGCAAGGCCGACUUCGAAGCCAGCGCCCACGGUGUUGAAAAUCUCGCACGCCUGUCCUCAAAGUGCAUGUGCGGAAGUCAACGUGCGCCUCACACCCCCGGAAGCCAGAUCUCUUUGCCCUGUGUGUAUGUCUGUACAUGGUUCAAGCCCUCAUCAUAG